AUGGCCUGCCCCGAGAUCCCGCAGCAGCCCCAGCUGGUCUGCCAAAAAGCCACCCCCUCCAACGCCGCAGGCUGCGCUGGAGGUCCUGGCGGCCCCACGGAGGGCGACCUGGAGUGCCUGGUGUGCCGGGAGCCCUACAGCGGCAUCCGGCCGCCCAAGUUGCUGGGCUGCCAGCACGCCUUCUGCGCCGUCUGCCUGAAGCUGCUGCUGUGCGUGCAGGGCGACGCCUGGUCCAUCCCCUGCCCUCUGUGCCGCAAGGUCACGACCGUCCCCGGGGGCCUCGUCUGCACCCUGCGCGACCAGGAGAACGUGCUGGCGCGGCUAGCCCGGCCGGGCCUGGAGGUGCCGCCCCGUCCUCAGGGGUUGGCGACCCCUGUUGCCCUGCCGGCAGGGCAGCCCAGCGCGGCCGGAGAGGAGGAGCAGGACGCGGUGAGCGCCAACCGCGCGGCGGCCCGGCGCCUGGCCGCGCACCUGCUCCUCCUGGUCCUGCUCAUCGUCCUCAUCCUGCCCUUCAUCUACCCCGGCGUCAUCCGGUGGGUGCUCAGCUUCCUCGUCACCCUGGCUCUGCUGCUGGCUCUGCUUUUCUGCUCUCACCCCGGCCAGCAGGGCGGCUGCGGGCCCAGCCCCAGGACUCUCUUCUGCAGAGAGCAGAAACCCAGCGAGAUCGCCUCCAUCGCCUGA